AUGGCUGUGGAAGGAGGGCAGGUGGCGGAGAACCAACCUGUGAGUCCCAUGGGCCAAUAUUUCUCUAGUUCGGCGCUCUCUGUGAACAUUUUAGCUAUAUUCGAGUCCGAGAUCCCCAUAGACGACUCCCAGGCCAUGUGGACAUUGGAGAACCUCUUCUUGCCUAUCAACCCACGCUUCUCCUCCAUCAUGGUGAAGAAUGAGCAUGGGAUUCUAACUUGGCGAAAGGUGAAGAUUAACUUGGAGGAGCAUGUAAACAUCCCCGUAUUCCCACCCGGUUUAGAAUUUUAUGAUGACUACGUGCAAGAGUACUUGUCAAAGAUAGGGACAGAGCUCUUGCCACAUGAUCGUCCCCUAUGGGGCAUUCACAUCAUCAAUUACCCAACAAGAGAUGCGCCUGGGACCAUGGUGUUCAAGCUUCACCAUGCCUUAGGAGAUGGCUUCUCUCUCAUGGGAGCCCUCUUCUCUUGCCUGCAGAGAGCUGAUGACCCUUCUCUUCCUCUCAACUUCCCUUCAUCUGGUGAAAGUUCGAGACAGUUUGCUAAAUGGAUCAGAAUUGAUAAGAGUAUAUAUCGUUUUCUCCAUAUGUGCUUCAACACCUUUUGGGACUUUGGCCGGAGCUUCUUGAUGAGCAACUGCAUGGAAGAUGAUAGAACUCCGAUAAGGUCCGGCGAUUCCGGUAUAGAGAUCCGGCCUAUCACCUUAUCUACUGCCACUUUUUCCCUCCAUGAUAUCAAGCAGAUCAAAGCCAAGCUCAAAGCGACUGUAAAUGAUGUGGUGACUGGUAUUAUUUUCUAUGGCAUCCAACUCUACAUGCAAGCUGCUAGCCAAGGCAACAUCAAAACUUCAAGAGUAACAGCUUUGGUUACCCUUAACACCCGGGCCAUCAAGAGCUACCAAAGCAUCCAAGAGAUGACUAAACCGAACUCCAAGUCUCGAUGGGGCAACCACUUUGCCUUCUUACAUGUGUCCAUCCCCAAAUGUAAGGAUGCAGAGAAUGCGGAUCCACUUGAAUUUGUUCACAAAGCCAAGCGAAUCAUAAGGUCCAAGAGAAACUCACUUGCCAUCUACCUCACGAGCGGACUACUGGAACUCCUGCGAAAACUCAAAGGUCCUGAGGCUGCUGCCCGGUAUAUACAUGCUACAUCAAAAAACACAACCCUGGUGAUUUCAAACAUGAUUGGACCCAUGGAGCAAGUGCAGAUUGCAGGACAUCCAAUCAAGAGCCUAUACUUCAUGAUGGUACAUGUGCCUCAGAGUCUUACAGUGACAAUAAUUAGCUAUAUGGGAAAAGUAAAGAUGGCGGUUGGAAUGGAGAAGGGCUUCAUAAAUUCUGAAGUUUUUGUCUCCUGCAUGGAGAAGUCAUUUCAAAGGAUUUACAAAGCAGCGGUUGGCAAGAAAACUAGCACUUGGGAGUUCAAUGCAUAG